CCACUAGACUGACACGUCGUCUGCCUGCAUUGUCAUUGUACACCACCCUCGCCAACACCACAUCCUCCGGCAAGGGCUUCGCUCGGAACUACUGCUCAACAUGGCGGAAAUGGCGCAGCGAAUACUCAUGAAUGAGUUCAAGCAGUUAAGUAAGGAGAAAUGGACCAACAUUGAACUUAUCAACGAAAAUGUCUUUGAAUGGAGCGUGGCUCUCAUUGUUAUGAACGAGGAAUCCAUGUAUUACGGCGGCUACUUCAAGGCCAGGAUGACGUUUCCUCGCAACUACCCACAUAGCCCGCCAGACUUUAAGUUUAUCCGGCCACUCUACCACCCCAACAUUUACCCCGACGGCCGCCUGUGCAUUUCCAUCCUCCACCCGCCCGGCGAUGACGAAAUGUCCGGCGAAACUGCCGCGGAGCGUUGGUCGCCCGUGCAGCGAGUCGAAACAGUCCUUAUCUCCAUCCUCUCUCUUUUGGACGACGCCGAGGUCUCUUCUCCCGCCAACGUCGACGCAGGCGUCAUGUUGCGUAACAAGCCAGCCGAAUACAAGGAGAUGGUCAAGAAGGAUCUUGAGUUGUCAAAGCAGGAUAUCCCAGAGGGUUUCGUUAUGCCAACCAACGAGACUGCGUGGAAGAAGGAGAAGGACGAGGGAGAUUUUGAAAUGAGCUGGGAAGAUAGCGAUGCCGAGAGCCUUGACUUUGGCGGCAGCGAAAGCGACUUUGACGAGGACCAAGAAAUGGACUCUGAGUUUGAGGGCGAAGAUGACGAUGGCGAAGACGAGGAUGAGGAAGAGGCUCCUUCGAAGCGCUAAAUGUCAGCACUAUGGCUGAAUUCCAAUACCUCUGUCUCACGAUCAUGCCGUAACGACACAAUCGGGUUGCUCAAGGGAGGG